AUGCGAGAGAGAAGGCUGGGGCCCAGCUCGAAGUACUACGACAAGAUCCGUACUCUACCCCUCUCGGUUGAUGUGUGCUGGGCAUGGAAGGAGGAUGAGCAGCAGUGGCUUGAGGGGACGGAGCUGGAGCUUGUGAGCCGAAGGAAGUUGGGGAGGAUGAGAAGAGAGUACCAAGAGGCCGUGGAGCCGCUGGGAGAAGGAUGGACUUUUGACACCUAUCUCCAUGCAUGUGCUACUUCCAUCAGCCACGCCAACCCCUGGUUCGGCGUGUCCAUGGUCUCGUUCGUGGACAUGGGAAACCACGACGACGAGCCUGACGUGGAGUUUCGGCAGAAGGGAAAGCAGGUGGUGGGCACGGCCGUCAAGUCCAUCCGGCCAGGAAAGGAGAUCUAUCAGUCUUACGGGGAUCUAGGGGUUGCUGACCUCAUCUACCGGUAG